CAGUGCGUUCCUCCCGACAUCCCGGGAUGGGGUGCACAGAGGAGGUGAGUCCACAGCUUUCAUCCAGAAGCCCUGACCACUGAUGCCCCAUUCAGACUUCAGCAGCCUGCAAGGUUCUCCCCAGAGCCAACAAGACCAUCAGCCCCUCACCUGCUAAGCAGGGAAGCAGCCAGGGGAUGGGGUAAAGAAUGAAGGGGACCCCCUCCCAAUAAGCCAAGCACAUUCCUGAGCCACCUCCUCCUGUCUGGGCUCCGCCCUGUAGCAGGUGGGAGGACAAUGCUGCCUGUGUGCCAUUACCCCUGACAGGCUGGCAAAGGGGAGGGCCAGGCUGUGGCCCCAGCUCCAGCCUGACCUUUCUGGUCCUCUCUCUCCCUCACUCCCCAGGCCCUGCUGUCUUGUGUCUCAAUCCGACAGUGGGGCACCCUAGCGAGGACCCAGACAUCAACGGCCAAGGUGAGCGGCCCGUCUUCCUUCUGCCUGCCAAAAUUAAGCCAAAGAACAGGGACCAGUGGCUGGGGCAUAGGACUAGCGGCAGGGGUUCGGAGAAGAAUCUGGAAGGUUGGGGGUGGGGUGGCUCUGGGUCAUUCAAGUGCAGGCUACCAGUCAGGCUUCUUACCUGCUUGGGUUUCGACAUAAUUCCUACCCUUCACGGGGACCUUGGCAGAACAGGGCCCCAGACUUCUGGCAGGAAGCUCAUCAGUACCCACAGCGCUCCCGAGCCUCCAUGCCCCCACCACCUCCAGACACGGGGAAAUGUCCAGUAGCCAUUCGCCCUCAAAGAGCUAUAGGUCCAGAGGCUGGUUGUCCUCUCAACCCUCCAGCUCCUUAGCAGCAGUGUCCCUGAGGAGGAGGCCCAGGCCCGCAGCUCAGCCCUGCCGAGUCUGAGUUUGGCAAUGGACUCUGAGUAUGAGAUUAGCCAUGUCCGCAAGCUCCAGGCUCAGCACGCACAGAUGCAGGAGAAGACCUUUACCAAAUGGAUCAACAACAUCUUCCGACUGGGCCGGGUGGGCGUCAGGAUCCAGAACCUGUACACAGAGCUUUCUGACGGUGCCCACCUACUGCGGCUGUUGGAGCUUAUCUCCGGGGAGGCCCUGCCAACGCCCAGCCCAGGCCGCCUGCGUGUGCACUUCCUGGAGAACAGCAGCCAUGCACUGGCCUUCCUCAGGGCCAAGGUGCCCAUACCCUUCAUCGGGCCAGAGAACAUUGUGGAUGGAGACCAGUCACUCAUCCUGGGACUCCUCUGGGUCAUCAUUCUGCGUUUCCAGAUUUCUCACAUCUCCUUGGACAGGGAGGAGUUCGGGGCCAGUGCGGCGUGGCUGUCUGCUAAGGAAGCCCUGCUGGUGUGGUGCCAGCGCAAGACGGUCAGCUACCCCAAUGUGAACAUCACCGACUUCUCCCGCAGCUGGAGCGACGGCCUUGGCUUCAAUGCCCUCCUCCACGCUCACAGGCCAGACCUGCUGGAUUAUGGCUCCCUGAGUCUGGAUCACCCUCUGCACAACCUCUCCUCUGCCUUCCGAGUGGCUGAGCAGGAGCUAGGCAUCGCUCAGCUGCUGGACCCUGAGGAUGUGGCCGCCCCGCAUCCAGAUGAGCGCUCCAUCAUGACCUAUGUGUCCCUGUAUUACCACUACUUCUCCCGGCUGCACCAGGGCCAGACGGCCCAGAGGAGGCUGGCGAAGAUCCUGCUGCAGCUUCAGGAGACAGAGACACUACAGUCUCAAUACGAGCAGCUGGCGGCUGACCUGCUCUACUGGAUUGAAGAGAAGCAGAUGCAGCUGGAGGCGCGGGACUUCCCAGACUCACUGCCUGCCAUGCGCCAGCUCCUGGCAGCCUUUGCCUCCUUCCAUACCCAGGAAAAGCCACCUCGGCUGCAGCAGCGAGGAGCCAUCGAGGCUCUGCUCCUCCAGCUGCAGACAACACUCCGAGCCCAAAACCGAAGGCCGUUCCUACCUCGAGAGGGCCUGGGCCCAGCAGACCUGGCUCGGCGCUGGGCGGAACUAGAGAGGGCAGAGGCCUCCAGGAGCCAGGCCGUGCAGCACAGGCUGCUACAGCUAGAGCGACUGGACAGUCUGGCCCGCCGCUUCCAGUGCAAGGCAGCCCUCCGGGAAAGCUUUUUAAAUGAGUCAGAGCAGAUGCUAGACCAGGCCAGAGACUCCCUCACCAAGCCAACCACAGGGGAGGCAGCCACUCAGAGGCUGAGCAUGUUAGAGGCUCGCAUCCUGCCCCAGGAAGGGCGCUUCCAAGCCUUGGGCGAGAUUGCAGACAUCCUGCAGCAGGAACAGUAUCACAGCUGGGCAGAUGUGGCCCACAGGCAGAAGGAGAUUGCCCGGCGCUGGCAGACGAUCCUGCAGUGUCUACAGGAGCACAGGAAACAGAUCGCGGGCUCACGGGCUGUGCUGAGCCUACUGGAGGAGGUGGAGGCUGCCACUGACCAGCUGGGGGAGCUGCAGGUGCUGGCCAGCUCCACAGCCUGUGGGCAACAGCCAGCAGAAGUAGUGUUACUGCUGCAGAGGCAUGACCUGCUGGAGGCCCAGGUCUCAGCCCACAGGACCCAAGUGAACCGUCUUGCCCACCAGACGGCACAGCUGGACCCCUCCCAGGGCACCAGUGUGCAGAUACUUCAGACUAAAGCCCAGGCACUGGCCGAGCUUCACCAGAGCCUCGUGUCUCUUGUCAGAGCCCGACGCGGCCGACUGGAGCAGACUCUGCAGCUGGCACAGUUCCUGCACAGUUGUGAGGAGGAGGAGGCCUGGUUGAGGGAGCACAGACAGAUAAUGGAGAAGGCAGCCCUGGGCCGGGACCUCACUCAGAUCUCUACCGCUCUGCAGAAACACAAGGUUCUGGAAGCCGAACUCCAUCGCCACCAGUCUGUGUGUGCAGAUCUCAUGCAGAGGGCACGCAGCCUCAGUGUCAGAGGGCCCCCGACACAGCCAGAUCCUCUGGAAAGGGCAGAAGCUGUGCAGGGAACUUGGCAGUUGCUCUGGACUGAAGCCACAAGGAGGCGCGCCCGGCUACAAAGUGCACUGUUGGUUGGACAGUACUUUUCUGACUCAGCCGAGGCAGCUUCUUGGCUUCUCCUACGGCAGAAGCAACUGGAAAGCGCAUCCUGCGGGAAGGACCAGGCAGAGGCCGAGGCCCUGCUGCAGCGCCACCUGCUCCUGGAGCGAGACGUGCGCGCCUUCGGGGCGGAGCUGCGCGAGCUAGAGGAUCAGGCGCGGGCUGCUGCAGCCCUGGUCUCACUCAAGGUGCGUUCCCGAACCUGGAAAGGACUCAGACUCAUGACUCCUACACUAAAUGAGGACCCCCCAGAAGACUGGAGGAAGCUUGACAGGGACGCAGUUGGAGAACCUCGGGGUGGGACCCGAGUCUUAGCAGCAACAGGCAGCCAGCAUUCACACCAGCAGACGCCCCUCUCCUCCCGAGAAGGGGCCCUGAAUACUUGGGAGCCUAAAGACUUGGGGAACAGCCAGAGCAGGGCACCCGUCAUCUGCAGCAUAGAGCAGAACCCCCAGGUGGAGUCUGCCCUGAGCCUUCUGGGGGAAGGCCCAAGGAUGACUCUCCAGAAUGAAUAUGACUUUGAUGUAGACUCGAGCACCAUACUCCAGGCACAGGCUCACUUGAGCCAGAACUAUGAGAACCUACAGGCCCUGGCAAAGCUUCACAGGGCCCGACUGGAGGAGACAGUAGCCCUGUUUAGCUUCUACAGCUCCUGUAGGGAGCUCCAGUCCUGGCUGGAGGAGCAGACAGCCCUGUUCCAAACAUUGCAGCCCCAGGGUGACAACUUAGAGGUCACACAGCUCAAAUGUGAGAACUUUCUCAUGACCUUGGCCGUCGGAAAAGGCCACUGGACUGAGGUCAUCUGCACUGCUGAACAGCUGAAACAGAGAUGUCCAGGGCACGCCUCGAAAAUCCAGCAACAGGAGGAAGACCUGAACCAGAGGUGGCAGCAGCUGGAGGCCCUGAAGGAAGAGAAAGGCCUGCAGCUGACGCACAGCGCGGAGGUGCGCCAUCUUCUACAGGAGGCUGAACCCACACGAGCCCAGCUGCUAAAUGUGAUGGGCAGGCUGGAGGCUUUGGGGCCAGGAGGCUCUGAAGACAGCCAUCGUACCCUGCAACAGAUUCAGCAGAAGGUCCUGGGACUGGAGAAGAGGAUCUCCUACCUCCAAAGAGCAUCCAUAGAGGUGAUGGAGUCAGGUCCCCUGGAGGGCCAGCUGCUUCAGGAGCCGGUGCUGAUGCUGCAGGGUCUGCUAACACAAGUACAAGAGCGAGUGGCCCGGCAGGUCCAGGUCCAGACUGAGGCUCGGGGCCAGCGAGGCAUCCUCCAAGAGAGCCAGACGUUGCUCCUGUGGGCGGAGGCCAUCCGGGCUCAACUGUGCAGCCAAGGGGAGCUGGAGGAUGUGGCCUCAGCCCGGGAGCUGCUGAGGAAGCAUGGAGGUCUACAGGAGGAGACCUGCCUGUGGCAAGAGAGGCUGCAGCAGCUGGAGGCUUGGGGCCAGCUGGUGGCAGCCUCAGACCCCCCACAGUCCCAAGAGGUGGCCAGUGCCCUAAGGCUCCUAGGCCGGCAGGGCCAGCAGCUGAAGGCUGUGUGGGAGCAGAGGCAGCAGAAGCUUCGGGACAGGCUGGAGCUGCAGAGGUUUGGCCAGGAAGUGGAUAGUUUCAUCGACACCUGUGCCGGCCAUGAGGCCUUCCUGCACCAGGACAAUCUGGGGGAGGACCUAAGGGAGGCCCAGAGCCUGCUGCAGCAGCACCAAGGUUUUGGGUGGCUCCGGAGCACCCUGGGAUCUCGGGCUGAGGCCCUGCGGGCGUGUGGUGAAAAGCUGCUUCUGAGCCGGCACCCGGCUGAGCACAAGAUCAGAGAGCUGCUGCACAGUGUCCAGACACAGUGGACCAGGGUCCAGGAGAGGAGUGAGCAGAGAAGGGAGCAGCUGCUGGCCUCCCUCCAAUUGCAAGAAUGGAAGCAGGCUGUGGCGGAGUUAAUGCUGUGGAUGCAGGGGAAGUGGGCCACGGUGGCCGGUGAACCCUCCCAAGCAUGCAGCAACAUCCUGAAGAAACCCAAGUGGCACGAAAUGACCAAGCGCGAGCUAUUAGCUACCCGCGGGUACAUGCAGGACCUACAGCAGGCUGGGAGAGAGCUGUUGCAUGGCUACCCAUAUGCACAGGAGGACAUACAGGACAGACUCCAGGGCCUGAGUCACAAGUGGGAAGAGUUGGACCACAGGAUGGCAGAGCAAGGGGACAGGCUGCUGCAGACCAGACGGCAGGGCCAACUCCUGGAGCUACUGCAGGAUGUCAGGGAGACGUUGGAGCAGCUGGAGGGAGCCCUGCAGAGAGCAGAAUCGGGACAGGACCUGUACUCCAGCCUGAGGCUGCAGAAACAGCACUGUCAACUAGAGGACAAGAGCCAGGCUCUGGCCAGCAAGAUGGCUGCCCUCAUCCCUGAGACCCACAAUGCGUCCACUUCCCUGGCCAUCUUGGAGGAGAGCCAGAAGUGUCACCAGAGGUUCAAGGCCCUGCAGAGCAUGCUGGCCACCCGGCGCAUGCAACUGCAGGCCUCAGUUGAGCUGCACCAAUUCAACCGCCUUAGCAACCUGGAACUCGCAUGGGUGGCUGAGCACAUGCCCAGCACCGGCCCCACCUACCCUGCCCAUUGCUACCGCGAUGUCCAGCGCCUUCAACGUAAGCACAAGGUGCUCCAGGCUGAGGUGAAAGCUCACGUGGAACACCUGCAUGGAGUACUAAGUUCUGGCCAGAGCCUAGCAGCCUCUGGGCACCCCCACGCUCAGCGCAUUGUGGAGCAGUGCCGGAAGUUAGAAGGCCACUGGGCAGAGCUGGAGCAGGCAUGUGAUGCACGUGCCCAUUGCCUGCAGCAGGCCGUCACUAUCCAGCAGUACUUUCUGACUGUGUCAGAAAUAGAGACCUGGGUGGAGGAAAAGUGGCCUCUGGCGAACAGUCAAGAAUAUGGCGGUGACGAGACAGCUACCUUUGGGCUCAUUAGGAAACACCAGAUGCUGCAGCAGGAAUUAACUCUUUAUCGGAGCUCUGUGGAGGAUCUUGAGCAGAGAUUCCAGACCCUCACUGGAUUUGAGGCCUCUGAGCAGCUGGGUAUGGUACGGGAGCGAUUGCAGGCAUUACAGACACUGGCGGAUGCACGGGGCCGGGAGCUGGACGGGACCCUGAGGCUACAUGAAUUCACGAGAGAAGCCGAGGACCUGCAGAGCUGGCUGGCUAGCUGGAAGCAGGUGGUCAGAGGAGGGGACCACUUUGGGGAAGACCAUGAGCGUGUGCUGCAACUCUGCACUAAGUUUACCGAGUUUCAGAACCAAAUUGAAACCGGUGCCCUGCGAGUAGAGACCUGCCAACAGCUGGCAGAGCGCCUCCUGGAGGGUGGGCACAGUGCCGCACCCAAGGCCCGCCAGCGGCAGCAGGAGCUACGGGCUGCCUGGUCUGAACUGUGGCAGCUGACCCAUGCCCAAAGCCGCCUGCUCCAUGACACAGAAACCGCCCUCCGAGUCCACAGAGACCUCCUAGAAGUCCUUGCUCAGAUUCAGGAGAAAGCUACAAGCCUCCCUAAUGACGUGGCCCAGGACCUGCGUGGGGUAGAGAACCAGCUGCAGAGACAUGAGAGGCUGGAACGUGAGCUGGCAGGCCUGGAGCAGCAGCUGCAGGAACUAUUGGAGGCUGGAAGCAGGGUACAGAAGCUGUGCCCAGGUCCUCAGGCCCUCGCCGCUGUCCAGCAGCAGCAGCAAGCUGUGACACGAUCCUGGGAGGCCCUCCAGCUGCGUGUGGAGCAGCGCAGAUCCCAGUUGGAGUGCGCACACCUCCUGGUCCGCUUCCACACAGCGGUGAAGGACUACACCUCCUGGGUGGCCAGCAUGCGUCAGGAGCUGCAGAGGGAGGAGGCCUCCUGGGAACCCAGCCAUACCCUGCUCAGGCUCAGGGCCCACCAAUGGCUGCGGGCAGAACUGGAAGCCAGAGAAGAGCUGCAGAGGCAGGCCACCAAGCUGGGCCAGCAGUCACUUCUGGCUGCGGGGACACCCGCUAAGGAGGUCCAGGAUGCGCUUCAAGCCCUCCAGGAGGAGCAUGACCAGGUGUUCGAGGCCUGGGCACUCAAGCAAGAGAGGCUGCAGAGCAUGCUUCAAGAACAGCGCCUCCUCAGACAGUGCGAUCACCUGGCGAAGAUCCUCACAGCCCAGGAGGCCUUCCUGAAAGCCGGUGGCCUGGGUUGCUCAGUGGAGGAAGUGGAACAGUUGAUUUGCAAGCAUGUGGUCUUCCAGAAAGUGCUCGCUCUCCAGGACAAGAAGGAGGCCACCCUGCGGGAGCAGUUGAAAACUACCCCGAGCCCCAAGGGGCAGAGCCUGGUUUACCGCGUGCUGGAGCAUCGGGCUCAAGUGAAGGAGCUGGCAGGGAGCCGGGGGCAAGCCCUGCACACCUCCCUGAAGAUGGCCAACUUCACCAGGGCGGCAGCUCAGGUUGAGGACUGGAUUCAGGAGCGGGUCCAGCAACUGAGAGCCUGGAGCCCUCUUGGAAACCUAAAUGAUUAUCUGAAGCACCUGCGGAAACACCAGGCCUUCGAGGCUGAGGUCCAGGCCCAUGAGCAGGUCAUGACCUCUGUUGCCAAGCAAGGUGAAGGGCUCCUCGGACAGAGCCACCCUGGGACUGGAGAGGUCUCCCAGAAGCUGAAGGCCCUGUGGGAGCUCUGGGAGAAGCUGAGGCAGGCAGUGACCCUGCAGGGCCAGGCCCUGGAGGACCGACGCAGCUUCCUGGAGUUCCUGCAGAGAGUGGACCUAGCAGAGGCCUGGAUCCAGGAGAAGGAGAGGAUGGUGAACAGCGGCGACAUGGGCCUGAGCCUUGAACACUGUCUACAGCUCUGCAGAGAGGCCCACAGGUUACAGGUCACAGUGGAUGACACCUACAUCGGGAGAAUCAAAAACUUGUCACCGCAGCUCAAGAACCCGAGCCCCGAGGAAUCUGAGACCAUCAGCCAGCGGCAAAACCAGCUCAACCAUAGGUGGAAGACUUUCCAUGGCAACCUGCUCCUGUAUCAGCAGCGGCUUGAAGCAGCCCUGGAGACACACACAUUGUCCAGUGAACUGGAUAACCUCACUGAGCAGAUCAGGGAAAAGGAAUCCCUGAUCCAGGCCCUGGAGAGCACAGAAGAUUUGGAGAAUGUACAGAGGCUACCAUGGAAACAGAAAAUGUUACAACAGGGGAUGGGCCUCAUCCAGACUCAGGUGGAGUCUCUCGAGGGUAAGGUUGGCCGCCUCUGCAAGAGAAGUCCUGAGGUUGCCCACAGCCUCAGUCAUAAGCGACAAGAAAUGAUGGACUGCUGGUGGAAGGUCUGGAGCAGGCUCCAGAAGUGGAGGGAGUCACAGGAUGUGGCCCAUAAAGUUUGGAAGCUCCAGAUGCUGCUGCGGGAUCUGCAGGACUGGGCACAGGGACUGAAGGCUGAGAUGGACACGCGGGGCAGCCCCUGCAGCCCCGAGAGAGCCCUGUACAUGCUGCAAGAGCACCAGGCAUACAAGGUCGAGCUGGACAUCCGCGCAGACAGCCUUAGCCUGGCCCGGAGCAUGGGCCAGCAGCUGCUUGCAUCUGGAUGCCAACUGGCCUCUGGGAUUCAACAACCCCUGGCUGCUGUGGAGCAGGAGCUUAGUAGCUUGGAGGAAUCAUGGCAGAGGCGGUGGCAGCGGCUACAGCAGGCCCUGGAGCAGCAGUCACUUCUGAGCUCUGUGGAAAAGGUGGAACGCUGGUUCGACAGUGAGGAGGCCUCUCUAGCUAGUGAGGGACCGGCGGGUCCCUUGGCCACUGUGGAGACCCUUCUGUCGAAGCACAAGAGGCUCGAGCAGCACCUGAAGGCAAGGGCUGAAGAGAUCAGUGCGCUGGAGGCCACAGCCCUCCGCCUGCACCAGAGUGGACACCCUGAGGCCCGCAGCAUCCUGGCCAGGUGCCAGGCCCUACUCCUGAGCUCCAUGCCCUUUGGUAACACCAGUGAAGGGGAAAGCCGCCAUGGGGUGGAGGAGGGGCAGAGGCUGCUACACGGAGGCCACCUGGCCUCUGAGACCAUCCAGGGGAGACUGCAAGAACUAGGAGACCUCUGGACCGAGCUACAGGCCAACUGCCAGAGGAAGAUGGCCGGACUCCAGGGGGCCCACAAGGCUCUGCAUCUGCAGAAGAUGCUGGAGAGACUGGAGAGCUGGCUAGAGUCCAUGGAAGCGGAGCUGAGAGCCCCUGUCGAAAACCAGGACCUGCCUAGGGUGGGCGAGCUCCUGGGGGCGCAGGGGGAGCUGGAAGCAGCCGUCGAUAGUCAGACCAGGCAAGUGCAGGAGCUGCAGGGCCAAGCCCAAGCCUGCUUCCAGGAAGGCCACUGCCUCGCCAAAGGUGUGGAAGAGCAAGCCCAGCAGCUACUUCAGAGGUUCCAGGGCCUUCAGGAGCCGCUACAAGAGCGCAGGGCAGCCCUGGAAGCCCAGAGCCUACUCUUACAGUUCUUCAGGGAUGCUGAUGAGGAAAUGGCCUGGAUUCAGGAGAAGCUGCCCUCUGCCGCAGCCCAGGACUAUGGCCAGAGCCUGAGCACUGUGCGGCACCUGCAGGAGAGACACCAGAAUUUGGAGAAUGAGAUCAGUAGUCACAGGACUCUGAGCCAGGUGGUGAUGGGUACAGGUCACAAGCUUGUGCAGGCUGGACACUUUGCCGCUGAAGAGGUGGCUGCCCGGGUGCGGCAGCUGGAGGAGGCUCUGGACCACCUGCAGACAGAGGCGGCACAGAGGAGGAGGAUGCUGCGGCAGGCCCUGGAAGCCCAGCAGAUUUUGAUGGAGCUCCUGGAGGCAGGGUCCUGGCUAGCUGAACGGGGCCACGUUCUGGACAGUGAAGACCUGGGCCAGGAUGCUGAGGCCACACAGGUUCUUCUGCGGCGCCUGGAAGCCACCCUAAGAGACUUGGAGGGGUUCAGCGGUCGCAUUGAGCAGUUACAGCAAGCAGUGGCCCUUCUGGAGAGUGGGCAGAACCCGGGCAGUCCUAGGGUGCUGUCCCAGCUGCAGGCUGUGAGGGAGGCCCAUGCACAGCUGCUGCAGAGGGCGGAGAGCAGGGGUCAAGCACUCCGUGAGCAAAUGCACCUGCACCAGCUGGAGCAAGAGGCCCGGCUCCUGCAUGCCUGGCUGACCACCAAGGUGGCUGCUGCUGAGUCCCAGGACGACGGACAGGACCCUGAGGGCAUCGAGGUGACGGAAGACACGUUUGGUGCUUUCGGCAGAGAAGUCCAGCGCCUGGGCCAGGCCAAGGUGCAGACCCUGAGGGAGCUGAUGGCCCCCCUGGAAAGAGGCGCACCCAGGUUCUACCCCCAGAUUCAAGCCCAGAAGUAUCGCGUCCAAGCCGCUUGGGAGAGGCUGAACAAGGCACUCGAAGUCCGGAGAGAGAACCUGGCUGCAGCCCGUGAGCUCCGGAGCUUCGAGCAGGCCGCCUCAGAGCUCCAAGGCUGGAUGCAGGAGAAGACCACCCAGCUGGAGGGAGAGUUCCGAGUCCACAGCCUGUCACCUGCACAGCUCCUACAACAGUACAGGUGCCUGCAGAGGGAACUGGCAGCUAUGGAGAAGGAGAUGGCGAGAAUACAGGUGGAGGCCCGUCGCCUGGGCCAGCACGAUCCUGUGGCUCCGGCGGGUCUGGCUGAGUGGCUCACCAAGGUGCAGGGAGCCUGGGCCACCCUGGAGGCCGAGGUCCAGGGACGGAGCCAGAAGCUGUCACAGGCUACCCAGGGCCACACCUUCCUUGGGCGCUGUCGAGAAUUGCUAGCGUGGUCUCAGGAGCUGGUUUCCUCAGGGGAGCUGGCUGGGGAUGUGGUGGACCAAGAGAUCCGGGAGUGCUGCCUUCAAGCCCAGAACACCCUGCAGGAAGGGCAGCAGCUGCUACAGCAUGGCCACUUCAUGUCGCUGGAGGUGGAAAGGUGUCUGCAGGAGCUGGAAAGACAUCUGCAGGAGCUUCAGGCAGCAUGGGCCCUGCGUGGGCAACGCUUUGAGCAGAACCGGGGCCUGCAGCAGCUGCAGCAGAGGCUGGAGCUGGCUGAGGCCUGGCUGGCCUCUCAGGAAGGCCUGCUGCUGGACCCCAGCUAUGGGCACUCAGUGACGGAUGUGGAACAUCUGCUCUGCAGACAUGAGGGCUUGGAAAAGCUCCUGGCGGCCCGUGAGGAGAUGUUCACCCAGCUUCAGACGCUGACAGAGGUGAAGGGCACGCGUGUCACGGAGGGGUCUGUGGAACUGACGCAGCAGCCGCCCACAGACGGGAGGCAGCUCAGCACCAGCUCCUGGAACAGUAGCCAUGGGACCUUGGCAAGCAGAGCCCUGAGCCUGUUCUCGGAUACGAGGAGGGCAGAAGUACCAGGUGGCAUUGGGGAGCUGCCUUCCGGAGCCCCCGCUGUGCCCGAGUGUGAGAGACUGGAGGGCGGGAAGCAUACUUUCUCCACAAGGUCUGAGCCUUGAAAUGAGUCCUGAGACAUCAUCAAACCUCAGGCUACAACUGAAGAUGCAUCCUGGGGAACCCCUCGGCUCCUGGCCCCAGGGCACCUUCCUGCGGCUGCUCAGGACCAGAGAACAGCUCCUGACAGGAUAAGCACUGCCGUGUUGUUACCGGCUGGGCCCGAGAUGAGCCUGAACCUUUUAACUGGACCAAGGUCUCUGUUUGGACAAAGAUGGCAGUCUGUCCAUCUGGACAGGGCUGGAACUUCCACACUAGUGGCCUCUUGGAGAGGGUGACUUGGAUGUCCUGCUUUUAGAGUGGCGCUCACGUCAAGUGUCCUGUGGAACUAAUAGCCUGGCACAACAGAUAAUUAAUCUUGGGACAGCGGCGCCCAAGUGCCUCCCGUUUAUAAGAGCCCCUAUAACAUG